AUAAAAAAUGUUUCUUUCUGACUGUUGAAUCUGAUUUGUUCUUCAUCUUUGUUUGUUGGCUUGUUGAGAGCAGUUCCACUUCUAAAACUGAAACAAAAAACUUCACUUUCUGUUUCCAUUUUCCACCCAAAACACCUUCUCAACAAAACAACCUUACCCAACUCAUCAUUUGCUUCGUUUGUGGGGAAAGGAACUUCAUUUCUGCUCCAGAAGCUGCUUUUGCAGUUUCCCACUAAUGGCAAAGUCAGGAUACAAACUACAGGAAUUUGCAGCCCAUUCAGGGAAUGUAAACUGUUUAAAAAUUGGAAGGAAGGCUAGACGCCUUUUCGUUACAGGAGGGGAUGAUCACAAUGUCAAUCUAUGGAUGAUUGGGAAACCAACUUCUUUAAUGAGUUUAUGUGGUCACACUAGUUCAGUAGAAUCUGUGGCUUUUGACUCAGCAGAAGUAUUGGUUCUUUCUGGAGCAUCAUCAGGGGUAAUAAAGCUUUGGGAUUUGGAAGAAGCAAAGAUGGUUCGCACUCUUAAUGGACACAGAUCUAAUUGCACUGCUGUUGAGUUUCAUCCAUUUGGUGAACUUUUUGUAUCUGGCUCUUCGGACGCUAAUCUAAAGAUUUGGGAUAUCCGAAAAAAAGGAUGCAUUCAUACAUACAAGGGUCAUAGCCAGGGCAUCAGUACUAUCAAAUUCAGUCCAGAUGGUCGUUGGGUUGUUUCUGGUGGAUUUGAUAAUAGUGUGAAGGUCUGGGAUCUAACAGGAGGAAAGCUCUUGCAUGACUUCAAGUUCCAUGAAGGACACAUUAGGUCCAUAGAUUUCCAUCCUCUUGAGUUUCUUCUGGCUACAGGUUCAGCAUACAGAACAGUGAAAUUUUGGGAUUUAGAAACCUUUGAACUGAUUGGAUCUACCAGAUAUGAGGUUGCAGGAGUACGCUCAAUAGCUUUUCAUCCUGAUGGACGGACCCUAUUUGCUGGACUUGAGGAUAGUUUAAAGGUGUAUUCAUGGGAACCUGUUAUAUGUCAUGAUGCUGUUGACAUGGAAUGGAUAACGCUUGGUGACCUAUGUAUUCAUGAUGGGAAGCUUUUGGGUUGCUCAUUCUACAGUAAUUCUGUUGGAGUAUGGGUGUCAGAUAUUUCGCUUAUUGAGCCAUAUAGUGGCAGUUUGGAAUCCGAAAGAAAAGAAAGCUCAGAGCAGAAACUUAGUCUCCAGGGAAGACAAAUGGAGAAAGUAGAAGCUGGUGUGGGACCAACUUUUGGGUUGUGCAGUAUGUCUCCUGACAAUGAGUCAAAAGAGAUAAAGAAUAUAUAUAUAGACUCUUCUGGAGGGAGUCCUGAUACCUUACCGAGAUCCAGGUCUUAUAAUUCUCCAAAAGUAGAUCUUCCUGAGGAUUCCAAAGAGAUGCUAAACUGGAGUCCUGCAACAGGAGUUCGUGCAAAAUCAAAUGAACAAGCACUUAAAAAGUCACACAUUGCAUCAAACUUACCCGGGGGCAUUCUCAAUGGAAAGGAGUCAGCAACCUUUUCGAAUUCAAAACCUGGGAUGUUGCUUAAGCAAUCUCAUGUUCAGGGAGUAUCCACAAACACAUUUGAUGUUGAUGAGUUUUCAUCAGAUUUGGAUUCUGGAACAUUUUGUGAUACUAUAAGCAAAUCCGACCGGGCAAACUUUCAAAUGAAGCAUGGACCCCAGAAUGAAGUGAGAGAAUCUAUUGAGGAUGAACAUGCUAUCAAGAGUGUCACAGAGAAGCUUGAGAAAACUUUAACACCAGACAGAUUUUCUGAACAAGAGAAAUGUAAUCAAUCAUUUCCUUACAGCAAAGAGAGUAGUCCAGUUAAAUAUAUCAAUGGAGCAGUUGCUGUUUUACCAGGAAGGACCCGUUCAUUGGUUGAGAGGUUUGAAAGAAGGGAAAAAACUCCCACCAAUGAGGAUCAAGCUAAUGCAACCCCCAUCACAAUAUUUGCAAAUAGGGGAAAUUUUGUCAAAGAAGAUCAGACUAAGACAUCCCCCAUCACCACCAUGACAUCUGAGAAAGAGGAAAGAAUUCCUUUCAGUGAAGAUCAAAACAAUAUGUCUACUGUUCCCAACACAACCAGCGAAACUGAUAAGUCUACCAACUUCCUGAAAGUUGAGCUUCAAGAUUUUGGAGGGGAUUCAAACUCCGCAAAUGAAGGAGAAAUAAUUGAAGGUCUGAUGCAAACUCAUGAUGUGACAUUAAGUAAUCUCCGUUCCCGUUUGACAAAAUUACAGGUUGUACGACAUUUUUGGGAGCGGAAUGAUAGCAAAGGUGCCGUCGGUGCCUUGAGAAAGCUGCCUGAUCAAUCUGUUCAAGCUGAUGUUGUCAGUGUCCUUGUUGAGAAGACCGAGAUUCUCACCUUAGAUUUAUUUUCUUGCUUACUUCCUGUGCUCGUAGGUUUGCUGGAUAGCAAGAUUGAAAGACAUGUGAAGGUGUCAUUGGAUAUGCUGCUGAAGCUUGUAGCAGUUUUUGGUCCAACAAUACGAUCAACCAUUUCGGCACCUCCCUCAAUUGGCGUUGAUCUACAUGCAGAGCAAAGGCGAGAAUGCUCCAAUCAGUGCUUUAUGCAACUGCAGAAGAUCCGGAUGAUUCUUCCGAUAAUAAUACGGAGGGGUGGCUUAUUGGCCAAGUCUGCCCAAGAGCUAAAUUUAGUUCUUCAACAACCCUAACUAAGGUGCUAUUUUAUGAACUUCAGCCAACUUAUGAAUGAGUAACUUGGCUUAACUUAUUCAUUAGCAGGAUUAUAUACAAUACAUGAAACCUUCAUGUUGGACUUUUUCAUCCACAAUCAACAACUUUGUUUUGAUGAUUUGUGCUAGUGGCCGUUGUCAUCGGCUUAGUUAAUGGCAGGGAAUUAUAACAAACGAGAUGUGUGAGAUAUCUGAAUAAAUUAUUUGAUCUUGUGUUUAGAUGCUUGAAGGUGGAAGCAGCCAUCUAAGUAUCUUGCUUGGUCUUCAACUGUUCCCAAGGCUUGUAUUCCUAACACAUAACUUGUGCUGGUCUUGGACUGUAUGUUUUGUUUUUCUUCAAUUUGUUCCUUUUGCUUAUUUCUGAUACUGAACCCUGCAUGUUUACUCAACUGGGGUUUGGUGCCAAAUGAGUAAAUGUAUCAGUUUGCUGUAUUUAGUAGUUGUGCAAAAUUCCUUGUAUAUGCUACAUCCACUGAAAUGUAUCUUUGUUUUUGGAUCAAAGUACUCGAGCUUUUUGUUAAAAAAUGGAGUGAUCAGAACCUAUUAAUAUAAUGAUGUUCACGGUACA